UUGGUUUAGUCAACUGGCUAAAUACCCAAAGUCCCAAACACAGAUCGAAGGAAGCUUUCUCUCAGGUGUUCUUGAAUUCUACGCAAGAAUCGGCUGAUAGAUCUGCAAAAGCUUUCAAAAGAGAAAACCGAUGUCUUUCCUGUUCCACUAUUUGCCUUUCCCUUCCCCGACCAAUUUCUGCCAUCCCGUUGGGUAAAGUAUAGCCAAAGUCGCAGAGCAAGUCAACAGAACAACAUCAGAUCUCUUUGAAGAAAGUUUUCUUCCAUCUCCUGCUUAAACCUUUCAAGAAUCGACAAAAGUUUUGAAAAGCUCUAGCUGUUCUCUUUCUUACUCGCUCCAUUAGCUGCCUUUGUCAAGAAUCGGUCAGUGUUUAGUGUUUACAUUCUGCUUCCAAAGAGGGCAUCAUGGCUGCUGCGUUGGUGGGAGGGGCAGCGUUGGGGGCAGCCAUGGAGGUGCUGUUGGAAAGGUUGACUUCAAAAGAGUUUUCCUUGAUAUAUCGGGAUUUCAAUAAUGAAUUGAAGAGGUUGAAGAGAGUUUUGUUGUCUGUUAAUGCGGUGGUCGAUGAUGCUGAGGAGAAGCAGUACCAUAGUCCAAGGGUUAAAGCGUGGCUCGACGACUUUAAAGAUGCUUUCUAUCAUUUAGAGGAUCUCAUCGAUGACAUCUUCACCCAAGAUAUGAAAACCAUGUUAGAUGUUGAAUAUUCUCAGAUCAAGGUAAGGACAUUGGGUUACGUAUUUGGGAUGGGAAUGGGUAUAAAAAUCAAGAUGGAACAGAUCCUUGCGAGGAUGGAGCUUGCUGCAAAGCAAAAAGAUGUGCUCGGUUUGAGGGAAACAAUAUUAGGAUAUGAUACGAAAAGGCCUCCGAUCAAGCCCACAACUUCUUUAGUACAUGAGUGUGAAGUAUUCGGUAGGGAUUGUGAUAAAGAAGAAAUUCUCAAUCACUUGCUGUCAAAAAGUGAUCAUGGACAGCCGUCUGUGAUUACAGUAGUAGGCAUGGGUGGGAUAGGCAAGACCACUCUUGCUCAGCUAGUUUACAACGAUCACCGUGUAGGGGCACACUUUGAUGUCCGUGCUUGGGCUUGCGUUUCGGAUAAUUUUGACAUGUUCAGGGUGACAAAAACAAUUUUUGAGUCGCUCACUUCGAAGCAUUUUGAUUUUAAUGAAUUAAAUUUGCUUCAACUUAGAUUACAGGAGAAACUUCGGCAAAAGAGAUUUCUACUUGUACUAGAUGAUGUGUGGAAUGAUCAGUAUAACGACUGGGAGGUCUUACUAUCUCCUUUUAAAGUUGCUUGUAUGGGGAGUUGUAUUAUUGUAACUACACGCUCUCAACGUGUUGCAGAAAUGGUGAAUGAUGUCAAUGCUCACCAUUUGAAAGAAUUAUCGACUUCAGAAAGUUGGUCGCUGUUCGCAAGAAUUGCAUUUGGAAACCAACGACCUAGUUCAGAUCUAGAACUGGAAGCUAUUGGCAAAGAAAUUGUGGAGAAGUGUCGUGGCUUACCUUUAGCAGUAAAGUCAUUUGCAGCCUCCUUGCGCUCUAAGCUCCAAGUUAAGGAAUGGAUCACUGCAUUGGAGUGCCUAACAGUUCCAACUGAAAUGAGAGAUGUUACAACCGAAAUGAGAGGUGUUCUCAGUGCAUUAAAACGGAGCUAUGAUCAUCUUCCUGCACAUUUAAAGCUAUGCUUUGCUUAUUGUUCAGUAUUUCCCAAGGGUUAUGAGAUUGAGAAAGAGAAGUUAGUCCUCUUAUGGAUGGCGGAAGGUCUCUUGCAACAGCACAGAGGUAAUCGUAGAAUGGAAGAGGUUGGUGACAAGUAUUUCAAUGAAUUAUUAGCAAUGUCUUUUUAUCAACCAUCAAGUGGCAAUAAAUCACGUUUCAAGAUGCACGAUCUUAUAAAUGACUUGGCUAUUUAUUUGUGUGGGAGGUUUUGCUUUAGAUUGGGGAUUGAUGAUCCCUCUAGAAUCACUGCAUUCAUUCGGUAUAUGUCACUUUUUCGGUGCAAAAAUGAUUCCCCAGAAUUAUAUGAGGUCAUUAAUGAAGCCAAGUAUUUAAGGACCUUCUUGUCACUGGAUAAUGAAUCAUAUCAUUUAACUAGUGAUGAACUGCAUAAUUUGUUUUCCAAGCUGCAAUACUUACGAGUGCUAUGUUUAUCUCAUUAUCAUAUUGUUGAUCUACCCGAUUCAAUUGGCAGUUUGAACUAUAUACGAUACAUUGAUCUAUCUCACACCGCAAUCAGUAAGUUACCUGAAUCAGUAUGUUUUCUCUGCAACUUACAAACAUUGAUAUUGUCCUUUUGUCAUUCUCUUACUGAAUUGCCGAAAAACAUGUGGAAGCUUAUUAAAUUGCGUCACCUUGAUAUUAGUGGAACUGCCUUAUAUGAGAUGCCAGAAGAAAUGAGUAGAUUAAAAAAUCUUCAAACGCUGCCUUACUUUGUUGUGGGCGAAAGAAGUGGCUCAACAGUUAAAGAGUUGGGGGGGCUUCUGUAUCUUCGUGGAACACUUUACAUUUCAAAAUUGCAGAACGUGGUCUCUACAAAAGAUGCAGCUGAGGCCAGCUUAGCAAAGAAGACAUACCUUGAUGAUCUAACGUUGGAAUGGGAUGAAAAUACUGUUGAUUCGGAAAAUGAUAGAGAUGUGCUUGCACAGCUAGUGCCUCAUACAAAUUUGAAGAGGCUCAGCAUUAUAUUUUACGGUGCUUCAGCAUUUCCAUAUUGGUUGGGGGAUAUUUCAUUCUCCAAAAUGCAGUUCCUAUGUCUUAGCAAUUGCAAAAAAUGCUUUUACUUGCCACCACUUGGGCGGCUACCAUCUCUUAAAGACCUCAUUAUUGGAGGGAUGAAUGCAGUGGAGAGGGUGGGUCCUGAAUUCUAUGGGAAGAAAAAGCCAUUUCAAUCUUUGGAGACUUUAACAUUUGAGGAGAUGUUGGAAUGGGAAGAAUGGGUUCCUUUUGAAGCUGAAGAAUGGGAUCCUUUUGGAGAAUUCCCUUGCCUGCAAGAGCUUUGUAUACGGAGAUGCCCCAAGCUGAAGGGCCAAUUACCCAAGCAACUUCCUAAUAUAGAAAAAGUUGAGAUUUCUGAAUCUCAAGAGCUUAAGACUGCACUUACGAUGGAGGAAUUAUCACAGAAAAUGCUUUUACAUUAUCAUGAUAAGGUCCUGUUCAUAAGUGAAGAAAGAGUUUCCUCAUUCUCAAAGCAAAAGACUGACUUUAAAUAUGACAGAGCCUUAGAAUCCUCAUUGCAUCCGACUGAAGGUGCCGCCAAAAGUCUUUUACAUAGAUAUGAUAGGGUUCUGUCCACCACUGAGGAUGAAGUUGCCUCAUUCUCAAAGCAAGAGACCGACUUUAAAUAUGACGGUGCCACAGAAUCCUCAUUGCUUUUGACUGAAGGUGCUGCCAAAGGGCUUUUACAUAGUUCUGACCGGGUUCUGUCCAUUGAGGAUGAAGUUGCCUCAUUCUCAGAGGAUAUGACUGUCACCAGUACUGUCUUGUCAUAUGAUUUUCCCUCAACAUCCUCUGAGAACGUGAUUAAAAAUUCAAACACAAGAUAUGAAGGUGCCUUAAAGUCCCCAUUGCCUAUGACUCAGACUACAAACAUUAGAAGAGAUGAAGCUGAUGUUCCAAAUGACACCUGGGACAGCCAAGAUGGACUGCAAAAUUUCUCCUCUUCAGUGAGCAAGAAAGUUUCAGAAAUAUCACAACUGAAGAAUUUGUCACCGUAUCUGCAAAGUCUCAAAAUUGAAGGAUGUGAUGCUCAGUUCAUAUCUGAAGCACUGGGCAUCAAUCGUCUUGUUUCUCUGCAACAUAUGUAUAUUAUUAAUUGUUGUUCUCUCAAGUCCUUUCCUGGAGGCCGUCCACCCACUUCCAUGAAAAGUCUUUAUAUUCAGAACUGCAAGAAAUUAGAGUUACUCCCACCUGCAGAGAGGACUCACCAGUAUGCAGUUCUUGAACAUUUGUGCAUAGGGAGUAGCUGUGAUUCUCUGACAUCCUUCCCAUUAGGCUUCUUUCCUAAGCUAAGAAGUCUUUCUAUCUGGGAUUGUGCAAAUCUGGUAUCCCUUUCAAUGCCGGAGGGAAUCCAAAAAGACCUCAGAGUUCUUGAGUCCUUGGAGAUCCGGGAUUGUCCUAAACUGGUAUCUUUUCCAGAAGGAUUGCCUACCCCCAACCUGAAGUCUAUUUGGUUCUCCAAUUGCAUGAAUCUCAAGGAACUACCUGAUCAGUUGCACACCCUCAAUUCUCUCCAGUCAAUGUUUAUAAAUAAUUGCCCAGAACUUGUAUUACUUCCAGAAAAAGGUUUACCUUCCAAACUGAUCCUACUAAGUAUCACUUCCUGCAACAAACUCAUGCUCGGGAUGAAGUGGGGUUUGGAUAGGCUUCACCAUCUUAGUCGGUUGGAAAUUGAAGGUGGAUGUGGAAAUGUUGUUUCAUUUCCAGAGAAGUUGCUGCCCAGCAAUCUCAAUUCUCUACGCAUAAGCGGACUUUUGAAUCUCAAAUUCCUGGACAAGGGGCUUCAACACCUUACCACACUUAAAACACUGGAAAUUAGCUGCUGUAACAGACUCCGGUCCUUGCCAGAAGAGGGUCUUCCAUCCUCUCUGUCUUUUCUCUGCAUCAAGGAGUGCUCUGUGCUGAAACCAAAACUCCAAAACAAAGCUGGAAAAGAUUGGUCCAAGAUAGCUCAUAUAUCUCGCAUAGAAAUUGAUUAGAAACUCUGGAAGAGUUGUCUGAAGCAAUGAAAAUACAAUUUCAGUGAGGGCAAUUUUGAAGACACUUGGGCGACCAGCGGUAAUUGCUCAAGUUUGUACGUGGGUUCUUCUGCAGUUAUGUGCGUUCACCUUUUACUUCAUGCUUUUGUUGUGUCUUUUCUACCUUCGUUUUGUGAUCAAUCAAUUAGUAUCUUGUGAAUAUUUUUGUGGGCUUCCAACUCCAAUUUUCGAACAAGUUCAAGGAUUUCUAUCA